CCCUGUUAGUUCAGCUAAGUGGAGGUUGAAGAUGAGUAAGGUCUUAACCAGGCAAUUAGUGGUUGUGUUUGGACUAAUGCUGCAAUUAACACAGUGCCCAAAUAGCUAAACCUCCGGGCCCCACUCCCAGCGAGUGCACCAACAACCAGCAGAGCCACGUCACGCUUCCCACAUGCCAGCUUCCAUAUCCUUCACCUGCUACCCAAUCACCUCUCUUCACUUUACCAGCAUUAUUCCAUCUCUCUCUCAACAGAAAUUGCAGGAAAGAAAGAAGAUGGCUUCGUAUUUGCGGAAGAAGCUCCAGAGUGCAUUUGGGUCCGUCGAUGAGAAGGGGAAGAAGGAGGUUAAGGCUUUGGGGCCUCCUCCGGAAACCGCCGAUGAGAUUCCAUAUUCCCAAAGCGUCUUGGAAACCAGUCAACAUGAUGAUGAUGAUGAUGAUGAUUGGAGCGGAAUGGAAGAGAUAGAGCGCAGCAAAAUCGGAAUCGUUAGAGCUCUUCUCCAGAAAGAAGACCCUUCCCCUAAGGACGAUGUAGAUGACUUGAUGAUCCGUAGAUUUUUACGAGCUCGGGAUCUCGAUGUUGAAAAGGCUGCCGCAAUGCUUCUCAAGUACCUCACAUGGAGGAGAGACUUUGUGCCCAAAGGCUUCAUAUCACCAUCUGAAAUUCAAAAUGACAUUGCCCAAAACAAGUUGUUCAUGCAAGGGAAGGACAAGCACGGCCGCCCUCUAGUUGUUGUCUUUGGUGGCCGUCAUAAGCAAACAAAUGUGGAGGACUUUAAACGGUAUGUCACUUUUACACUUGACAAAAUAGCCUCGAGAAUGCCAGAAGGACAGGAGAAGUUUGUGAGCAUAGCAGACCUUGAUGGAUGGGGAUAUGCCAAUAGUGAUAUACGUGGAUACUUGGCGGCUCUGUCAAUUCUGCAGGAUUUCUAUCCUGAGAGGCUGGGGAAGUUAUUUCUAGUUCAUGUACCUUACAUAUUUAUGACUGCAUGGAAGGUCGUUUACCCCUUUAUUGAUAGCAGAACAAAGAAAAAGAUCAUUUUUGUCGAAAACAAGAAAAUGAAAUCAACCCUUCUUCACGACAUUGAUGAAAACCAACUUCCAGAAGUAUUUGGCGGCAAACUAGCGCUAGUUCCUAUUCAAGACAGCUGAACAUGGAGAUGCACAACGUGUGGUCCUUAAGUCUCUUUUAUUGUACUAAUUGCAUGAUUGAUGAUCGGUGGCACACCUGAUUUGCCAGUUUAUUUAACAACUAUAUUUGUUGAUACCUAUGCUAUAGCAACAUAAAUAUAUAUACCUAAUACUUGGUAUUGGUGGCUGUUGCCAAUAUGGAGUCAUAAAUAUAUAUACCUAAUACUUGGCAUUGUCACAAACUCACAAUCAAAUAAACAUGUGGACCAUUACAGUAUUAAACACUUCUCUCUGCUAUUGCCAAAAUAAACAACCCUCUCU